AUGUCACGCGACUUUCCCCGCGUACAUCGCGUACUCUUGGAAGAGAACUACCGGAGCACUAAGAGUAUUCUGCAGGCGGCCGUGCAGGUGAUGCGGCAAGAUACACAGCGGAUCGACAAGGAUCUAUUUACUGCGCAUGCCCAAGGCCCCCCUGUCACGGUCCGAGCGUGUGCAGAUGCGGACGAGGAGGCAGACUUUCUUGCGCAUGAGAUUGCGCGGCAGGUGCAGUGCGGCCAGGGGCUGCUGACUUACGCGGACGUGUGCAUCCUGCUGCGUUUCAAUGCGCUCAGUCGUACGAUGGAAGGGGCACUGCAACGCUUGGGCAUCCCCUACCGCAUCAUGGGCGGCAUGCGCUUCUUUGACCGCGCUGAGAUCAAGGAUCUGCUCGCUUAUCUUCUGGUCGUGGACAACCCGCAGUACUCGCCAGGAGUCGUGCGCAUAAUCAACGUGCCCCGCCGCGGGAUCGGUGCAAAGGGGAUCCAGUCACUCCUCCGCAUGGCUGAAGCGGACCAGAUGCCAUUGCUGCCUUGGCUCGAGCGCGCCGCGCGCACGCCUCCGGCAGGUCUACGACCUGCGACACUCCAGGCUGUGCAGUCGUUUGUGCACUGUAUCGAGCAGGUGCGCCAUGCAGCCGAGCAGGGCAUGCCUACCGCUGAGCUGCUGCAGCUGCUCCUUCGCGAGGUCCAGUACGAGGAGCACCUGCGUCGUGACGAUGACUUUGAGUCGCGCUGGGAGAACGUGCAGGAACUCAUUAACUUUGCCUCGAGUGCCGAAGCUACGGCACAAGGUGCCGCCGCAGACACGUCUCCGCUCCGUGCAUUCCUCGAGUCCAGCUCGUUGGCCAGCGAGGCGACGGGCGCCGAGACUGCUGCCCACAAGGUGACUAUCAGCACGUGCCAUGCCGCCAAAGGCCUCGAGUGGCCCAUUGUGUUUCUGCCAGCGAGUGAAGAUGGUACCUAUCCGUUCUACCGAUGCACUACACCCGAGCAAAUCCGCGAGGAACGCCGCCUGUAUUAUGUGGCCAUGACGCGCGCUCAGACGCAGCUGUACCUGACGUACGCUGACCGUCGGCGCGUGGCUGGGGAGUGGGGCUCGCGGACCCUGUCGCCGUUCCUAGCACCGCUGCUGCCCAAGGAGCGGGGCGGCACGCUGCCGCGGGGGGCACCGCCCAAGGUGCCGUGGAGCUUUGACGUACCGGUACUACACCACGAGGGCCUAGCGUCCGUUGCGGCGGUGCUGGGCCGCCCUCCGCUCACAGAGGCCGCUGUAGCUGUACAGUGCCAUGCCUUCGCUCAAUCGCCACUUGCUCGGCGCUUCCAUGCACCGACGAAAAAACGCACCGCGCCCAGCGAGACCACCGAGGUGCCUCGACCCAACAGCGGCUUUGUCUCGGCACUCAACUCGCUGGGGGCAUCGUCACUGGGGUCCUCGGUUCGCACUGACGGCACUGUGCGUGCUGCCGCCGUGCGUCCUGGCAUGCUGGGUACCCGGCCUCGCACGCUGGGUCUGGCCCGACCGCGGCUGGGUGCGCUCCCUCGAGCGCCGCGAAAAGGCCCAUAA